CCAAGAUGGCGGCGCCCGGACCCCGGGGACGUGACCUGCUGGAGUGUCUGCUCAGUUUCUGAGCGUAACCUCGGCCGGUUUGCGCGGAGAUGAGCCAGCCCGGUUUCGCGGUCUCGUUUGUGGCUGGUGGGGUGGCAGGUGCCUCUGUUGACUUGAUACUGUUUCCUCUGGAUACCAUUAAAACCAGGCUGCAGAGUCCCCAAGGAUUUAAAAAGGCUGGUGGCUUCCGUGGUAUAUAUGCUGGUGUGCCUUCCACUGCGAUUGGAUCUUUUCCUAACGCUGCUGUGUUUUUCCUCACCUAUGAAUAUGUAAAAUGGUUUCUGCACACUGCUUCAUCUUCCUGCUGGAUGCCCACACAGCAUAUGUUGGCUGCCUCCGCAGGAGAAGUGGUUGCCUGCCUGAUUCGAGUUCCUUCUGAAGUGGUUAAGCAGAGGGCUCAGGUAUCUGCUUCUUCAAGAACAUUUCAGAUUUUCUCUAAUAUCUUACAUGAAGAGGGCAUCCAAGGAUUAUAUCGAGGCUAUAAAAGCACAGUUUUAAGAGAGAUUCCUUUUUCAUUAGUCCAGUUUCCAUUGUGGGAGUACUUAAAGGCCCUCUGGUCCUGGCGGCAGGAUCACGCGGUGGAUUCUUGGCAGUCAGCAGUGUGUGGAGCUUUCGCAGGUGGCUUUGCAGCUGUAAUCACUACACCUUUGGAUGUGGCGAAGACAAGAAUUAUGUUGGCAAAGGCUGGGUCCAGUACUGCAGGCGGGAAGGUGCUCUCUGCUUUGCAAGGGGUCUGGAGGUCACAGGGGCCAACAGGGUUAUUUGCAGGUGUCCUCCCACGAGCAGCAUCCAUCAGCCUGGGAGGCUUCAUCUUUCUGGGUGCUUAUGAGCAAGCCCACAGCAUGCUAUCCAGAGUGCACAGGAAGAGCCGGUGAGGCCCAGGCCAUGGGCGUGCUUCCCAGAGGAACCAGACCAUGGCAAGAACACUGCGUCCCAGCGCGGCCACCCAGUCCUCUGGGCGUGAUAACCUGGGCUGCAGACCACUGCAGCCAUAGGCUGCCUGGAGCAGGUCGUCACCUGCUGAGGCUAGAAUGAGGUCUGAGCAGUCUUCUCUGAAUCUCUCAGUAAAUAAGUCUGGUGGUGCUGAGGCCCAGCCCUUCAGGGCUUUCAUUAGUCUGCUCUUCACUUUCUUGCCUCCUGAUGGUGGAUGCAGCAGAAGGCAGGAUGGUUCCAAUUUUAAAGCAAGGCCAGGAGGAGAGGACUUAAGCAAAAUGCUGCAUGUGGGCACUUCUCCUCAGGAUAAAUUCCUAUUGUGUAAGGUUUCAGCUUUGCUUAAAAAGAAUAAGCUGCAGGUGCAUAGCAAGCAUUCUUUCUGUAACCAGGCUGCUGCUUUCAAUUAUUUCACCUAUAAAAACACAGGAUGGCAUAAUUUUACAGAGAUGUGUCCACCCACCCCUGUGGUGUAUGAAAGCCAGCCAGCAGUAGCAGGUCCUGUGACUGAAUGGGCCCAGUGGCCUCAGGCAGCAGAGCCCCCUUCACUGUUCCUGGGGCUGAAGGAGGCCAGGUGUGCACUAUGCAUGCGUUGCUUGUCUUAGUACAGUCUAUGACCUGGAGUUACAAGCUCGACACUGGAUCAGAAUGGAAGAUGUGGAACGGUUGGCAUACUCGGGACGUGAGGGCCUGACGAAGUCUGGUGCAGAAGGUGCAGAGAACAGCAGGCGGCCAGCAGGGGUGUCUGCCUUGCAGCCUUAGUACACAGUGAUGCUU